AUGCUGCCUGCCCCGGACGAGUCCUUGAGUGCUGAGGACAUUGAGCCAAAUUUCGGUGGAGGCCAUCGCAUUAGCGAAAUCAGAGAAGGAGGGCUUGUGGAGGCGUGGAAUAGAGAGCACCCAGACAAUGCCAUUCAAGUCAACGACAUCCUGAUCUCAGUGAAUGGGAAGAUCACGUUCGAUGAGAUGAUGGAGCAGUUCAAAAGUGAGCUGAGCUGCCAGUUGCGACGGAAGGCAAUGGAAGGUCUCAAGGUGGAUGAUUCCGAGGCAAAGAAGGAAGCGUCUGAGUGGGAACGGCGCAGGGCACGCGUCACCGCAGCCUUGGUGCCCGGAUUGAAGAAGAUCAUCGAUAGUGAGUUUGGUGCUGGCGCAGGGGACCGCCUUGGCCGCAUCGAGAAGAUGUAUCACCGGGUAGGAAGCAACGACAUCUUCAAGGAGGAACUUCCCAGCGGCAGCCGUUUGGCGCCAGGGUAUGUGGAGAACCUCACACCGGUGACCCCGUUUCAUGAUGUCAAGGAUCAUCCAUGGUGCGCGGAGCUGCAGAAGCAUUGGAAAGGAAUCCGACAGGAACUGAAGCGAAACUUAGAUGAGUCACUUUGGACCGCAGGCGCAUACCAGAAAUCCAAUGAAGCCUAUGGCAAGGACUGGAAGAUCAUGGGCGUGCUAACGGAAGACUCGUGGCAAGAUGAAAAGCGCUUCAAGGUGACCACAGGAGCGCUGAAGGAACUCAAGGGAAUCAAGCCGUUUGAAGCCUUUUUCGCAAAGAUGCCGCCGCGCACAAAGAUUGCGCCGCACUCGGAUAAUUUGAACUAUGUACUCACCUCGCACUUGGCUUUAGAACUCGAAGAAGGCAAGUGCUCCAUCACAGUGGGCAACGAGGAGAAAUAUUGGAAGGAAGGUGAGAUGCUAAUCCUGGACACCACCUUCAUUCAUUCCACAAAGAAUGAAUCAAAUCGUCCGCGCUAUAUCUUGGUGCUCCGAUUUUGGCAUCCUGGCCUUACUGAGGAGGAACGACGUGCCAUCCACGUGUCUCAUGCUAUUUUGGCUAGAGCUGCCAAAGGGAUGUGAUUCGGGGCCAAACCAGAUGUUGUGGCAAAAUUGGACGGUUCGUCCGACUCACUUUGUAGCGACUAGCCUGCUUCAGCGGAAACUCCCCUAUGCGUUGAUUCUGCGUUGAUGUAAAAGAUAUUGCUGAAGUUGUACUUGCGCUAUGACAACUGUUUCAGCGCGAAUUCGCGUAGAAGCAAAGCAAGGCCUUUGCAAUUGUAGCAUUUAGGUUCCAAACCCUGAAGCUUGCAAAGUGAAAGCUAAAAAAAUGCUGGUUGG